AUGAUCAUCUUCUUUUUAUUGUCACUUCCCCAUACAAAUUCAGUUUACUUCAACCUCUCUAGUUUCCAACCAAGUGAUAGCAGCAUAACCUUUCAGGGUGAUGCAUACGUGGACUCACAAGGUCUCCAACUCACAAAGAAUACACAAACCGCAUUACUGAGUUAUAGCGCUGGUCGUGCCUUAUAUUCUGAACAAGUGCGCCUUUGGGAUAAUAACUCAGGGUGGCUAGCAGACUUCACCACUCACUUCUCCUUCAUCAUUAAAGCUGUUACUGCUGUGCCUGCUGAUGGGCUCACCUUCUUCAUUGCUCCAUUUGGUUCUAAAAUGCCCAACAAUUCAACCGGCAGGGCUUUUGGACUGUUGAGCAGUGAUGAUGCUCUCAACGGCACUCAUAAUCAAAUUGUUGCAGUUGAGUUUGACACUUUCAAAAACCAAUUUGAUCCAAGCAGUGAUCAUGUUGGAAUCGAUGUCAAUUCCAUCGUCUCAAAGGCAAAUGUCACAUGGAAUAGUAGCAUUAGCAAUGGGUCCACAGCAAACACAUGGAUAAGUUAUAACUCUACAACCAAAAUCCUGAGUGUGUUCCUUACUUAUGCUGAUAAUCCAGUCUUUAGCGGGAAUUCUAGUCUUUCAUAUAGUGUUGACUUGAGGACUGUUUUACCGGAAUGGGUUAGUGUUGGUUUAUCCGCGGCAACAGGUGCAAAAACAGAGACAAAUACAGUACUCUCUUGGUCAUUCAAUUCAACCUCAGAGCUUGUAGAUGGGGUUUCUCAGACAAACGACACGGGAACAAGGACUAAUGUGAACACAAAAAAUUGGGACAUGAAAAACAAAUUGGCGUUGAUCAUUGGUUUAGCAGUGAGUUUCGGUGGAGUGAGUUGUGCAUUAGGUCUACUUUGGUUCAUUUGUUGGAGAAAAGGGGCUAAUGUGAACACAGAAGAUUUUGCUGAUGAUGUUUGUAUCGAUGAUGAAUUUGAAAAAGGAACUGGCCCAAGAAGUUUCACUUACCAUGAACUUAUCCGUGCAACAAACAACUUUGCUGAAGGAGGGAAGCUUGGACAAGGAGGAUUCGGAUGUGUUUACAAGGGUUUGUUAAGGGAAUCCAAUACAGAAGUUGCAGUUAAAAGAGUCUCAAAAGGAUCAAGGCAAGGUAAAAAGGAGUACAUAUCAGAAGUGAAGACCAUUAGCCAUUUAAGACAUAGGAAUUUGGUUCAACUCAUUGGUUGGUGCCAUGAACAAGGUGAGUUACUUCUUGUGUAUGAGUUCAUGGCUAAUGGAAGCCUUGAUACUCAUCUAUUUGGAGCAAAGAUUAUGCUAACAUGGUCUGUGAGGUAUAAAAUAGCUCUUGGAUUGGCUUCUGCACUAUUAUACCUUCAUGAAGAAUGGGAACAAUGUGUGGUGCACAGAGAUAUAAAGUCAAGUAAUAUUAUGUUAGAUUCAAAUUUCAAUACCAAACUAGGCGAUUUUGGGCUUGCAAGGCUUGUAGACCAUGAGUUGGGCUCACAAACUACUGUUUUGGCAGGCACUAUGGGCUACCUAGCCCCAGAGUGUGCUAUUGCUGGCAAGGCUUCCAAGGAAUCUGAUGUCUAUAGUUUUGGGGUGGUUUCCCUUGAGAUCACAUGUGGAAGAAAGCCAAUCCAACUACAGGCCAAACCAAGCAAGGUAAGUCUUGUAGAGUGGGUGUGGGACCUCUAUGGAAAAGACCAACUCCUUGAAGCUGUUGAUAAAAGAUUAAGUAUGGAAUUUGAUGAGAAGCAAAUGGAGUGCUUGAUGGUAGUUGGCUUGUGGUGUUGCCAUCCUGAUCCCACUAUUCGACCCUCUAUAAGGCAAGUGAUAAAUGUACUUAAUUUUGAAGCUCCUUUUCCCAUUCUUUCAUCAAAAUUGCCUGUGCCAAUGUACGAUGAGCCUUCAAUGCACUUGUGUAGAUUAUCGUAUACACCAACUAGUCACUUGGGAUCAAUCAAAGGUCAGCCAUUGUGCUCGUGUAGUAGUUGUUCUACUAAUUCGUCUACGUCAGUUGGCCUUAGUAAACCUCUUCUAAAUUCAGGCAAAGCUGAUGUGGAGUUAACUUCGGUUUCAUAUUAA